AUGGCCCUCAAUAUGAAGGACAAUCGAACAGUCCAGAUAUUGGCAGGCGCUGCUGCAGGAAAGUACGGCGUUCUGGCAGCGAUAGCAUACAACAUCGAACAGCUCACGGCGCUCGUACGGGCCGCAGAGGCAAAACGAUCGCCUUUGAUCAUCCAACUCUUUCCUUCUACUCUAAAACAGCUGCCAACUCUUGCUUUCGCAGCUGCAGCAGCUGUCUCUCAGGCUUCGGUACCUCUUUCGUUACACAUCGAUCACGCCCAAGAUGUGGAUCACAUCCGCGAGAUCAUCGCAACUUUACCGGUGGAUUCGGUGAUGGUCGAUAUGUCGCACUACGAGGAAGCAGAAAAUCUAGAAAAGACGCGAAUUCUUGCAAAAGAAUGCCACGAGAAAGGCAUUGCGGUAGAGGCUGAAAGUGGGAGAAUCAACGGCGGGGAAGACGGCAUUGCAGAUACGGGGGACCUCGAAGCUCUGUUCACAUCACCAGAGGAUGUGGACAACUUCAUUGCAGCCGGGAUCGAUAUCCUGGCCCCAUCAAUUGGUAAUGUGCACGGGGACUACGGACCUGCAGGGCCAGCUCCCGGGCAGCUGCACUUCGACCGACUGGAGUCGAUAAAUAAACAAAUCAGCGAUCGAGUGCACAUAGCACUUCACGGUACCAAUGACUUCCCACCUGAAGUGAUGAAGAGAUGCAUCGAGAACGGAGCUCUCAAACUAAACGUCAACAAGCUUCUACUGGAAGUCGGCAACGAGCAUGUGCGCAAGCAUGCUGCUGAUACGCCUCUGGUCAAGCUGCUAGACGAAGGCAUACGGAUCGUCCAGCAGGAAACAGAGAAAUGGAUGGACAUUUGUGGAAGCAGUGGGAAGGCAUAG